AAACGAAUCUGAAAUGUUACAAGAAGAAAAUAGGAAUUUAAACGCAGAACUUAAACAUUACCAUCAAUUCCACAUAUCACGAAGUAUAAUCAAUUCUUCACAGACUGUGCAACCAAACAAAAGAGUCAAGUCAACAUCCAAAACGAAUACAAAAUUACCAGACAAAGGCAGUGCUUAUGAAGCAAGAGCUGAGAUGAAAAACUUAUUAAAAGGACAAAUACCUGACGAAUAUCAGCUGGAUUAUAAUAAGUUAAAAUGGUUAUUGUGGUGUGUAUUGGAUCCCGUUUCUGAUCAAAUCCAACAUGUGAUCAAACUGAAUUACAUUGAAAUAAAAAACUACGAAGGCGUCGAAGGCUAUGAUAAUGAAGACAAUGGUAGCGAUAAUGAAAGGCAGAUUGAUAAUAAUUUAGCAGGAAUGGAUUUCCUUUUAAACUCGGUGGAAAUGAACUAA